UUUCGUUUAAUUUUUGGUUUUAAUUGUUGAGGAGAACUAAAUAUGGCGCCGGUAAAGAAGCCCAAGCCACAGCAGAUAGCCAAACAGGCUUCCCCCACUAAAAAGCCAGAGGCGCGCAAAACUGUAGUCUCCGGACAGAUUAAGAAAAAAUUGCCAAAGUCCAAGCCAGAGGACCAGAAGGAGCGCAAAGAGCGCGGCAUUGUGUUCAUCAAGCACUUGCCGCACGGAUUCUUUGAGCAACAAUUGCGACAGUACUUCAAGCAAUUCGGUCGCGUGCUGCGUGUCCGGCUGGCCCGUUCCCCACGCUCUGGCAACAGCAAGGGAUUUGCAUUUGUCGAGUUCGAGUAUCCAGAGGUGGCCAAGGUGGCCGCCGACACCAUGGACAACUAUCUAAUGUUCCAGAAAGUGGUCAAGGCGUCGUACAUUCCGCCCGAAAGCCAGAAAUUCAACUACUUCAAGACCUCAGUGAAGAGGGUACAAAAUAAGGCUGGCAAAGAAAUCUACGUUUCGGAGAUCACCAAGCAAACGCAGAACAGCGUUAAGAAGCAAAACAAUUGGAGCGAAGCUGCCUGCCAGAAGCGCACUGUUUCCAAUCUUGGCAAAGUCAAGAAGCUGCAAGAGAAGUACAAGCACUUGGGAAUUGAUUUCUCGGGUCUGGUGGUGGAGCCAGUCAAGAAACCCAAGGAAUCGCCAGAAGCCACUGCACCAUCCACAAGCGAGGCUGCCAAGUCCAACAAGAAACAGAAAAAAGAGAAGGAGGUUCGCAUGGAAGACUUGCUGGGCACCACCAUUGACGAGGACUCUGAUGACGAGGACUAUGUGGAUGCAUCCGAAGAUGACUCUGAUCUUGAGUUGGAGGAUGGGGAGAGUGAGCAGGCCAGCGAUGACUCUGAGGACAGCGACGAAGAGGAGGAUCUCCCACCGCCGCCCAAGAAGUCGCAGAAGAAAAACCCUUCUGCGGCUGUCCGGCUGGAGGACAAACUGAAGCGCAAACCUGGCUCUGGCGGUGUGCAAAAGAAGAAGCCCGCUCCGGCACCGAAGGCCGCCAAAAAUGCCGUCACACAGAAGCUGCAGCUGGCCGCAGCCAAGACGCUGGCCAAGCCCCUGCAGAAGGUCAAGUCCAAGAAGUUGAAGAAAUAGCCGUAAACUACAUUUUACUCUAAUUACUUAGUAAGCGAACAAUUGUAAGAGAAGUUGUGUUAAAAUAUGUCCCUGUACAAACUA